CACGUUGCCUUGGGAGAAGUAACACGGGGCCACACAACUGCAGGUCUACAUCACUGAAACCACGUACACCUCUCUACAGAGACUCGGGCGAUUCAGUUGUCUGUGGAUAUACUGCUGAAACAAAGGAAAGUGAGACCUUUCGUCCCAUCCGGCUUGAGGUCAGUGAUGGUCAGUGCUGGUUAGAACCUGCUUCCGAAGAUGUCAGCUUCAGAUUCUGACUAUUCUAUCGACUGGCUGGCCAGUGAUGAUGAGGACAAUGAUAGCGAGUUAGAGCAGGACUGUACCAAAGCAGAAGGGCAAACCACACUACACAAAGGUCCCUGCUCGGGGGUCAUCCAGGGAGCCCAGACUUGCCAGUCUCUCCCAAAGAGGAAUGGAGUUAAAGGGGAUGUGAAGGACAAAGAGAAUAUGAGCUCUCUGGGAAGUUCUCCUCCUAGCUGCGAUAGUUCGGACUACUGCAAUGACAGUGGGCUUUCUCACUUUGGACAAGGGGAUCGAUCCAUUUACAGCCGGUGCACCGACAGUCCUAAAGGCAAUAAGAGGCAGGUGCUGAAGAGAACACGGAGCUCCGUGGUGCUGGAGCACAGGGAGAGGCAGGUCACACCCGAACAAAAGGAGAAAGACAGGCUGUUUACAUGCAAGUGCUUGGAGCUGCAUUGUUACAUUCACCCACUGUCCUCAAUCCUUAAUGGCCUACGGUCAGGCAGAUACCGAGAACGCCUCAGCACUUUCCAAGAGAGUGUGGCCAUGGACCGCAUCCAGAGGAUAAUGGGGGUCCUGCAGAAUCCCUGCAUGGGGGAGAGAUAUGUCAACAUUAUUUUGAAAAUGGAGGAAAUGUUGAAGAACUGGUUCCCUCACAUAAAACCCCAACGAAGCGACCAAGUAAACACCGCAGACCUGAUGGAGGAGACGGCCCUGUCUAAGAAACCCAAGUUGACUCCAUCUGCAUCUGCCCUGCUCAUCGGCAUUGCAAACCCUGCCACCACAAGUGCCCCUUCCAUGGGUAGCAAGACAAUGAGAGUUAGUGACCUCACCCCACCUGGGCCCUACUCUGCAACCAACCUAAAAUGGCUCCACACAACACCCAUCUGCUCCCCAACGGCCGAACAGGCUCAGGGGACAGUUCGAAACUUUUUAACAGCCCACAGAGACAAGGACGCGACACAGGACAACUCUGUGUCCUCCAGCACAGACUGUCUGUGUAGUAAGACAGACUCUACUCCCAGUCGACCACUUCCAGGCAAGAUUAACGCCCCAUGCCUUGAGAGACUGCUUAAAUCUACAGAGAGCAUCAUCACCCAAAAAGGUUCAGUAAGCAUGGGUGGAAUGGCAGCCGGCAGUUGGUCCUAAUCCUGCAAAAGUGCUCUGGGAGAACAGAGCCUUGCUAGUGCGUGACUGCCCCCAACUGGUCUGGAGUCACCUGCUUCCAGUGCAAUUGCUGCCUCAAUUCUAGCCUUGCGGAGAAACACAGAACACAGUGGAGGGAGUUGAGUGAAGCCCAGCACAACCGAGCGACAUGUUUGGUUAAGAACUGAAAAGUGUCAGAGUGUGAUCUUUGUGUGCGUGGGGGUGUACGUCUUCAAUUGUUCCCUUCUUUUGACUGCAGAAUAAGAUGUAGCAGUGUGUGUGUGGUGAGGGUGGUUAGAAGGUUCUGCAAUGUUGGCUCAACUCUGUACCUACCUUCGAGAAGGUUUCCUCUGAAGACAUAGCAAGAGGAAAAACCUCCCGUUGCAUUAAGAUCUGAUGAGGCAGCGUAUUGGUAUCUGUGAAAAAGCUAAUCACUAGACAAAACAAAGAAGACUUUUUAUCAAGAAAGGGAAGGGAUAAGAGGGAGGAAUUUAUUCUGGGAACACUUAAGAUAUUCCAGUGUGUUAGUGAUCUCUAUUGUAGAUGUGGUUGAAUGUGAAUUUAUUACUUUAGUUUGCUCUUUAAAUCCACUCUAGAGAGUUGAUUGAUGUGACUGUUACUUCAUAGGUUUAAACUUCUUGCUACAUUUUUGGUACAACUGUUCUACCUCAAUCUGACACCACGUCUCCUUUAGUGUAGGGAUAGAUCGCAAGAACGUAGACUCAGAGCAAGGAAGCCUCAAAGCGCAUAGAGAGAGCCAAACUUGCCUGUCAUGCCGGGGUGCUGGGUGCGAGCUGUUCAGGUCGGACUAACACGGGAGGCUUACUCCAUGUGAGGAAACUCUGGAGGCUUGACUGGUGCCAUUGUAAAGAAUGUGAACUGUAAAUUAAUUUUUUUUAAACUUUUUUUUUAAAUUUUUUUUUUUAAGCCUCCUAGUUCAAGGGCAUACAGUGCCUGUUAAAUCGAUGUCAAACUGUGCCUCUUCACUGGUUUUGAAGGGAGAAUGAGACCCUCUGGAAUACCUGAUGCCUCUGAAGGAUGUACAAAAAAAGAAAAACCAGGAACCUUCAAAACUCCUGCCAUUCAUUUUCUGCUAUCAAGUAAAUUAUUGAAACCCUUGCCAACUACUUCUGUGGUCAUGUGAGACAACGAUAUUUCGGUUUGCCACAGCUGGACGAUAUCUAAGAGGGAAAGGUAUUAACUGUGUACAUAUUUGGAAAAACGUUGUUAAUUUACCCUUGCAAAGUGGCCUUUAUAGUGAAAUAUUUUAUACUUUCAGAAAUAAAUGUGGUUAUAUUUGUUUGCUGUA